CGAACUAUAAAACAUUUUUCAAAUAACAAUUUUCCAAACACCGAUUAUAUAUAAAAUUAAAUUUUCAAUCUUUGCGCCAAUUCUAGUCACCCACAAAUAGAGAGGCACGAUUCUUCCCCUUUUUAAGCAAGAUAGAAUUUCCAAACACAGCAUGGCUCUUCUUUUCCAAUUCUCUUUGCCUCUCUUUCUGAUUCAUUGUCCCUAAUUCAGUUUUUUUAAUCUGCCAUCUCCGAAACUACCAUCUCUCUGGUCUCUGGAAUCCUCUCUCUCUCUCUCUCUCUCUCUCUCUCUCUCAGAAAUAAUCUCUCGCUUGCCUUUUCGCACGCACUCGAGCACCUUCACCACCACCAACGUCCUUCGCGACCUCACCCGCAACUACGACUGCGACUACCACCGGCUACUACGACUAUCUGUGUGCACCUUCUACUGAAAGGAGUCUUUUCGUAUGGAAGCCCAUGCAGAUAUGAACAUGUUAAAGUUUCUCGAUCAUAGUCCUCCAUUGCAUCUUCGUCCACAAUUUCUUACCAAUUUUUCAUUUCUGAUUCAAUUUUUGGUCUCAUCCAUUCUGUAUAUCUUGUAUCAGGAAUUGGCGUUGUAGUUCCCCAACCUCUGGAAUGAAUGUCAACUCUACAUUGAGGGCCUGCCCAAUAUGUAGAAAGGUUUCAUACUUUGUCAUUCCUAGUGUCAUGUGGCAUUCUACAAAAAAAGAAAAGUAGGAAAUUGUUGACUGCUACAAAGCAAAACUCAGGUAUAAUUAUGUGGGUCAUGUACUUCUCUUGAAAUGGUUAUUAGUUCUCCAAUUCUCUUAGGUAUAGGUUGUCUCAGGUUUGUUAUAGUAGAUUCUUCUAUUAAUAUAUUCUAUAAAAGUGCAAUUAUUGCUCUUUAUAAGUUUAGUUUUGAUACGAGGAUUGGGCACAAAUCCACAAUAGUUAGUUACUCAGUCCAAAACUAUUAAAAUAUGAUAUUAAUGAUGAGUUAGCUAUUAGAAAUGAUUAGAGAUGGGAAUUAAGGGUUUGAAGCAUGAUGCUGUGGCAUACAACACCAUGAUUGAUGGGUGUUGUAGAAUUGGAAAGGUUGGAAGGACAGAAGAGUUUUUCAGAGAAAUGGGGUUGAGUGGUGUGGAGAGUUCUUGUGUCACUUUUGAUCAUCUCAUUAAUGGGUAUUGUAAGAUUGGGGAUGUGAGGCUUUGGAGUUUUUGAGAGUUGCGAUGAGAACACAUGAGAUUACACCGACGAGGAAGAGUUACGAGUUUCUAAUAAAGGGAUAAGAGAGGAGGACAGAAGAAGCAUUGAAGCUUCAGGCAGAUAUGGUAGGGAAACGGUUUGAACCGAAUUUGGAGAUUUAUAGCGCUUUUAUUGAAGCAAAUACAAAACAAGGGAAUGAUGAACUAGCAGGGAUGUUAAAGAAGGAAAUGCUAGAAACUCAAAUGCCUAAGAAACAAGAUUAGCUGAUUUUAUCCCUCAGCAUUGUGAGGUACCUUUGUUUUGUGGUCAGAUUGCUGCAAUCUUAAAUGUAUGAUUUUGUUUUAUGUAACAUGAAUUAGUGUGCAUUUUGAAAGUUUUGUUUUCUUGGCUUUGUACAUAGAAGAAAUUUGAGCCCUUGCCUAAUCAUUCCUUUUGCAGAGAGGCAGGCAACACAUCUUUCUUGACGUACAGCUUGCUAUGUGGUAAAAAUUAUUUUGGGGGCAGGUGCAACUACCUUAAGUUGGACUUUGCUUCUAGGUAAGUAAAUACAAAACCUGGUGAAAGAUGCAAAAUUCAACUUUAGGGCUUUCCUUUCUAAAAUGAAAGGUUUUUUUUUUUUCAUCCCAUUUGCAUAAUAACAUGUAUAGUUUAACUAGGAAUUCUUAACACUUGAUCAAAAUUGGCUUACAUUUUAGUAAAUUGAUGAAUUUGUUUAAUCCUUUUAGAGAAGAUUUAACAGAUGAUUGCUUGUUUUGAAAUCCUCAUUGUGAACCACGUCAACCUUCCACUCAAAAGUAAAGAAUGCUUUGUCAUUCCAUGUCUUUGAUUUCAUUGCCUACUCAUUCCUCUUAUAAAAGAUGAGAAUGCAACUUUCUUUCUGUAUAUAUACUGGUAGAUUUUUUUGUGGGUUCUAUUCACAGAAGACAUAACUACCUUAAAUUGAAGUUUUGAACAGGUACUUCAAAUUUAGCCUACUUUUGCAACCUCACUAGUUGAUUUGUACUGCAUUCCUAUGAACAUCACUAUAUGUUAUUGUUCUACUCAGCCAUGGAACUUUCUAUUUCAAUUUGUUCAACAGUCCCUGAGGAAAUGUUAAUACCAUUAUAAAAAAAAAAAAAAUUUGACAUUUUGAAAACAGAUAUAUCGACUUUAGGAGCUUUUAUGAGCAUAUGUCCAAAAUUUAGAAGAGGCUUUGAGAUCUCAGAAAUAAGAUAAUACUGUUAUAGUUUUUUCGUCCUCUUUGUUAUAUAGUUCGAUUGAUAGAUGUUCUAUCUUUACUGAUGAUAUUAUAUUUGGUUUCCAUGGCCGGUUGUUUUCGGCUAAAUGUCAAUUUUUGGGUAAAGCUUCUUGCCAUUGGUUGCUGAUAGAGGGGAGGAGAUUAGAAGUACUCAAUACCAUAUUAUUGUGACAGGGAGGAUUUCAUACCUUUUUUUGCUCUUUUUUUCAAUUUUAUUUUAUUUAGUCACUCAAUGAAAUGCCAAAUUAACUUGUAACAAUUAGGAUCUGUGAAGAAUCAGAAGGUUAAUCCUAGCCAACUCUUUACUACAAGUCUCAAAAUUCAUUGAACUCUUACCUAACAAAAAGAAUAAUUCAAAUGAGAAGUUGUAAAUGAAGAAUAAUUCAAAAGGUUAAUAGAAUAAAAAUGUUAAAUCUUACCAAUCAGCAUUGCUUUAUUGUUUUGACUUUCAGGUUGUGGAGCAUGGACUUCGCCAUUUGCCUUUUACUGAGAAGCAAGCAGUCACUCCAACAGGUCAGUAUAUACUGGGGUUGAUUUCUGCAAGAAAUUGUGUGGAGUUUCCAUUAUUCGAAGCAGAGAGAGAGCCGUAGACAAUCGAUGGCCGAGAAUGAACAUUCCCUCCGGACAGAAUACCUUACGGAUGGAGAUGGGAUCCGUGACUUUCCUCCCGAUUUCAAAUCAUAUGUGAAGAACACCCAACUGCUCUGCCAGCGCACAGCCUUUAACUGGGGCUGGGUUUUUUGGAGUGGAGAAGACGACCCACGCGAACGUCUUCCUCCUCCGCCUGCCUUCUCCGAGUUAAUGGCGAGAAUAAAAUCCUGUUUCAAAGAUGUAAUAAUGGAUCUCUUGCCGACUACACAAUGUCUUUUACAGUUUUGGAAAGUCAUAGAAAUUGGAGGCAAGUGUUUACUUACAACUCGAUACCAACCUUUUGGUUUUAACCAGAUCAAUGAAGGACUUUGUGGGUAUAGGUUGAUAUCUUUGGAUUAUGAAUUUGAUGUGGAUGGAGUGAGUGACGAACAUCUUGGCCUCCUUGGCCGUGUGUUCCGCCAUCAACAGCUGGAGUCUACUCCAAAUGUGCAGUAUUACUCCUGCAAUGAGUAUCCACAGCGCGAUCGUGCUAUCAUUUGCAAUAUUAAGUCAUCUCUGGUUGUACCAUUGUUUGGAUUUUCUAGGCGGUGCUGUAUUGGUGUAUUUGAGAUGGUGUCAACAACUGAAAUAAUAAAUAGUCAUUUGGGGAGUUUCUUUUAUAGGUAUACAUUGAGUCUUCUGCAGAUUAAAGGUCUGCCAAGUUCAAAAUGUGAACAUUUGAACUGUGAGAAAGUCAAGGAUGAAACUCCUGAAGAAAUCAGGAAAAUGCUAGACGUGGUGUAUAGCACUCAUCAUCUACCUUUCGCUCAGACUUGGUCCUUGUGUAGGCUUUGCAAUGCUGUGUUUAAAACAUAUAGAACUUGUCAUAGAGAGGGACAUAUGGAUGAUUUUUUAGCAGUAUGUGCUUUACAGCAGCUACGAAGAGGGAAGGGGAUUGUUGGGAGAGCAAUUUCGUCCCAAAAUUUGGUAUUCUGCAAAGAUGUUACUCAAUUUAGCAUAACUGAGUAUCCUUUCGCACACUACACACGCAAAUUUGGAUUUACAGGUUCUUUUGCAAUUUGCUUGCGGAGUAGUUAUAUUGAAGACAAUGUUUACACGCUAGAAUUCUUUUUGCCUCCAAACUACACUGAAGGUAGGGAUUUGAGGACUGCUUUGGUUCCGUUAUUGACAACAAUGAAGCAGCAUUGUAAAAGUUUUAAGGUUGCUUCUGGAGAAGAACUAGGAGAAGAGUUAUCUAUUGAAGUUCUUGAUUUUUCAGAGGAUGGGGAACUUUAUUCUUAUCAAAUACCCCAGACUGCAAGAUCUCCAAAUAGAAUGGAGAAUGGAGAACAGAUGGAUCUAGAUUUAUUCGAUCAACAAUUACCAGAAGUGGAUGUUGUAGACACCGAAAACAAUGUUGUUAGUAACGCAGAAGAAAACAACAUUGUUGUUACUUCUGUACAGCAAAAUUGCAUAAUUAACUUGUCCCAGAGACUACAAAGAAAAGCUGGAAUUCCAAUUAGCUUGGAGGAUCUCCAGCAACGUUUUGGAAUGAAACUUAAAGAUGUUGCAGAAAGCCUUGGCGUUAGCCGAUCUACAGUGAAGCGUGCUUGCAGGGAAUAUAAUAUCACCUGGUGGUCACCUGGCAAGAGAAGUAAGGAUAACCAAUUGCUUUCCAAUAAAGGUGUUGUUCAGGAACAAAUCCUAGAAUCUAGUCAUCCUCCAUUUUUUGAUCCACUUCAUAUGCAAGACAUGGCUACUGCUUCUCGCACAAAGCCACAUUUUCCAACAGCGCAAGACACAAGUAUUGUGACCAUAAAGGCAAAAUAUGGAGAUGAUUUUAUUAAAUUUCAGCUCCCUGUGUUGUCAGGAAUGGUAGAGUUUCAACAGCAAGUGGCAAAGAGGCUAAACCUACAGGGUGGAACUUACCGUGUCAAGUAUCAAGAUGAGGUCAAUGACUGGAUUUUAGUAGUUUGCGAUGAGGACUUGCAAAAUUACAUUUGCAAUUCGAUAUCACGAGAGAGGAAUACAGUCACAAUGUUGAUUCAGCCAAUUACUAAUUGCCCAUCUUAAAUCCGUACUCCAUCUAUCAUUUUAGGUGCAUGUGGAAUUCUCUAGUUUACAUUUAAAAGACAAUUGAAAGUUUGUAUCUUGUAUGCUUGUUACAAGUUUGUAUGAAUUUCAUGUACUGCGUGUUGUUUACUUAAUUGAUUAUAUAAUAUGAUUCAAA